CUUCCUUGCUUCGAAUCUUUCCGUCUAAUUCUGUUCUUCCUCUGCUUCUACCCAGUGUUCUACACUCCGUCCCUCUUAAUAUCUAUUCCGCUCCAUUUUCCAUGAAGAUUACUGCUUCUGCUAUCGGCCUUCUCGCCGCCAUCCCAUCCGUCCUCGGUGUCUGGCCUAUCCCGCGUACGCUGAAGGAGGGCUCGUCCAACAGCGAGGUCUGGUGGGUUAACAUCAAGCCUUCGGGCAAUGUUGGAUCCAUUGUCAGCAACGCCAUCCAGCGUUACCAGGACCUGAUCAACAAGGAGAGCUUCCAGAGCCCGGUCACCUGGAACGUGACGCAGGUCAAGACCAACGGCUCCUUUGGUGGCGUGUCUCUGUCUGUCGAGAGCACUGAUGAGACUUUGAACCUCGAUACCGAUGAGUCUUAUACCCUUGAUGUUCCUGUCAGCGGCGAGGCUACCCUGAAGGCAAAGACGCCGUACGGUGCUCUGCGUGGUCUUGAGACUCUCUCCCAGCUCUUUGUUGCCAACGGCAACGGAAAGGCCAUUCGCAACACCCCUAUCCACAUUGAGGAUUCUCCUUUCUUCCCUCACCGUGGUCUGCAGAUCGAUACAUCGCGCAACUACCUUCCAGUCAGCACUCUCAAGCGCACCAUUGAUGCCAUGUCAUACAACAAGAUGAACGUGCUGCACUGGCACAUCGUUGACGCUCAGUCGUGGCCUGUUGAGUCCAAGACCUUCCCUGACCUUCAGAAGAAUGGUGCUUACAGUGCAAAGGAGACCUACUCGCAUGCUGAGGUUAGGGAUCUCAUCCAGUAUGCCAAGGGCCGUGGUAUUCGUGUUAUUCCUGAGUUUGAUGUGCCAGGCCACACCUACAUCGUCGGAAAGGCGCGCCCGGACCUGAUGUCGUGCAUGGAUAUCCAGCCCAACUGGGAUCAGUAUGCUGCUGAGCCUCCUAGUGGCCAGCUCAACAUCGCCAAGCCUGAGACUAUCGAGUUCACCAACAAGCUGGUCAAGGAGUACACAGGGCUCUUCACUGACAAUGUCUUCCACAUUGGUGGUGAUGAGGUCAACCGCAAGUGCUGGAAAGAGGAUCCCGAUGUCCAGAAGUACCUGGCUGCACACCCUGGUGAGGACGUCGAGACACUCCUGGCUAGCUGGUACUCGAAGGUCCACGAAUACCUUGGAUCGCUGAACCGCACUGCUUACACCUGGGAGGAGACACUGUUCCACACGAAAUACGAGCCGCCUAAGGAUACGAUUGUGCAGACCUGGAUCGACGAGCAGUCGAUUCCCAAGACGGUUGCCAAGGGCUACCGCUCGGUUGCGUCGCCUGCUAACUACUACUACCUCGACUGCGGACACGGUGCCUGGCUGUCGAACUGGUCCGCUGGUAACUCGUGGUGUGACCCGUUCAAGACCUGGAUGAAGAUGUAUAGCUUCGACCCGUUGGCUAACAUCACUGACCCGGCGCAGCAGAAGCUUGUUCUUGGUGGUGAAGCCCUGCUGUGGGCUGAGCAGAGCGACGAGAUUGUGCUUGACGGUCGCCUGUGGCCGCGUGCUGCUGCUGUCGCCGAGACCACCUGGUCUGGCAAGAAGGAUGCCAAUGGCCAUGUGCGCACUCCUGGUCAGGUCGCGGCGCGCCUGCAUGAGCAGCGCUUCCGCAUGGUUGGCCGUGGUAUUGCUGCUGAGCCCAUGCAGCCCCUGUGGUGUGUCCGUAACCCUGGCCACUGCAACCUCCCUAUGCUUGAUUAGGAACGCAUCUAGCGUAUUCGUUUAUACGAUAAUUUUAGUCCCACUGAUACUUGCAAAUGAAUAUUGCUUCAGACAUGCCCGUCUU